UUCUUCUCCCGCUUUCCCCUCUCUGAAUGCACGGAGGGUAGAAGAACAGCCUUUGAGAUGGAAGACCUUAAUGUUCUCACCAUUUCCGAGCUAAUCCAGGGCGGUCUUCCUCUAACUGGAGCUUCCAAUCUUCAUCAAUCUUCUCCCUGCAAUUCACUCCCAACAGAAUUUCUUCAAUCAAAUCCAAGGCCUGCAACCUAUUCGUCUCCUGCGGAAUCGAAUCCUGAUCCUAAAGUUCUUACUUCUCUCAAAUAUUCAGCCAUCAUCAUUGGAACCCUAUAUCUCCCUACCAAUGCUCCGGGGCCGUCCAUCGUAAGGCCUUCCUGUCGGUGCCCCAGCAACAAUUGCUUUCAGUUCACUGAUGGUUCCGCUACUAUCUGCUGUGAUAUACUUGAUAUUGACAUUCGAAUGAUCGGAAAAGAGAUUCGGGUCUUAUCUUGGAAUUUCAUUCCAUUAAGAAGCGCUGGUGGUUUCUUAGAAAUUAUAAAAUGGGACUUUCUUUCCCCAAGCAGGGUUCCUCAGUGCCCCGACGUGGAUCCAGUUCUCUUGGAUAUAGGUAUUUUCUCUACUUCUGACGUUGAGUUGAAGGUUCGGUGUCUUAAUGGUGUAUUAGAGUCGGUUGGUCCAGUUACUAUUGUUCCGUGUACAUUAGGCCAGAGGAAUUUACAGACCAAUGGGGAGUCCGAUUCUUCCGCGGGCACCAAAAAUCUUCGAGGAUUUAUGGUUCAAAUUAUGAUCUGUGAGUGUCGGUCAUGUACUUCUAAGGAGCCGAUGAGUUUACCUGACAAUUCAGUUCGAGAACUUAAUACUCAUUCAUUUGUCAAACCAACAAUUGUGUAUCUUUGCGGCUCAGCGUCGUCUUGGCAUCCCGUCCUAACGAAAUUUGUGGGUUUAGGGUUUAUAACUUUUUUGGGUUUGAAAAAGAAGUUGGUGUCCAUCGGUAAGGCGGAGUCCUGUUUGAUGUAUGUCAGCUCGGAGAAAUCCUCUCUCCAUCUAUCUAGGUUAUCUCGUAUAAGGCUUCCAUGCAAGAGAAGUGCCAUCAAGGGGAAGGGAGAAUGUGGAUCAUACACGGGUAUAAUUAAAGGAGUAUAUAUGCAAGGAAUGCUUCUUGAGCUCGAGAACGAGGUCUGGGUUUUGUUGACCGAUCAUUUCCUUUCACCACCUCAUAGUCUUAGGGUGGGCGCCAUUAUAUCUGUUCGGAAUGCACACUUUGUGAGUCCCAGAUUUCCUUGGUCAAAAUUGCUUAUACUUGGUACUUGCGUCAAAACUAGCAUCUUCGUGCAGCUAUUUUCUCCAUUGGAAACCAAGUGUCACGUCCUUUCAAAGUCAAGAUCUAUGUUGGGGAAGUUUAUCCACACCUUACCCUUUUCGGCUAGAUUAUGGGUAUUGAUUCUUAUUUCAUCUUUCCGGAAAAUGUUUGCUGGUGUUUUAUCUGAAAAAGAGAUUUUGGGAUCAAAACAUAAUGAAGGACUGGUUCAAAUGUAUGCUAAAUUGCAUUUACCUAUGUCUAUUUAUCGAUAUCAACAUGGAUCAGUGAUGAAACUGUAUGAGCAUGAUUCAUGUGGCUGUGGUAGUGAACCAUGUAACAUUAACCUUGAAACUGUGGUCCCUGUCUCUGCUUUAAUUUUCUAUUGUAAUUUUACAUGUAUGAGAUCCAUAAGGUUGAAAAAUGAAAAAGUUAUUAUGAAUGAAUACAACCAGCUUUACCACUUCAGACUUCUACCACGUGAAGGUAGAUCUUCUCAUCAGACAACUAGGAAAAUUUAUCGUAGUCAAGACAUUGGCUUUGUUUUGGUUGGCAGUCUGAAGAUUUCCACGUAUUCUGGAAGAUUGCAGUUGGUUGAUGCAACUGGAGGUAUUGAUGUUAUCAUACCAGACCUUCCGUCAACUUGGAAUGUCGAUGCCAUAUAUGAGGUAUCGAAGUAUAUUGUGGUCGUUGAAGGCAUUCCACAAAUGGAGAACUAUUUGACCAAUCGGCCAUUCUCAUGCCGGAGUUUUUUUCAGAGCAUCUCAUUAGAAAGAGAUCUUAGCAUAGCAAUUUACGUUUAUUUUCAAUACAGAAAUGCAACCUGCAAAAAACUUCCCUCAUAUUCUUGCGAUGACAAUGGAUCUGAUCUUGUGAUAUUCGAAAGUGGAACUUAUAACCUGCUAGAAGUAACACACAAGUUUCCCGUGUCACGAAAGUUUCAAGGAAAACAUUUGGCACUAAACACAUCAAGCAUGUUCGUUGAGGCUGUCCUCCAUCCUUGGAAUUUAUUUCUUACUGAAAGAGAGAAAAAUUAUUCAACAAAGGCUUCAAUGAAGCAGCAGAGGGAAGAUGUUGGAACUGCAAGUGAUCAGAAACACGUUGAUAAGAGACUUAAAUUUGAUGAUCCACCAGGGAGGGUAGAAGGUUCAGAUAUAGCUCGUGACUUCAAUGAGUCUAGCUGUAGGUUUAAUGGUUGUUGCACUUGUUACAAAGUACCUAAUGAGGAACAGAAACGUUGCAACUUGAGCCUUCACAGAAUUUCUUGUGAUGCUACCGUUAGGAGUUCAGAUCAUAGUAGCCAAUACAUGCUAGGUUUCCUGUACAACACAAGAACCAGACCAAGUAGUGGCAGUGGUUCCAGAUUAAGUGCUCAAAAGAUUUUGUUAGAGAUUCAACCUGAAAGUCUUUUUAAAUAUCAGUUCCUACAGAUUGGCAGUUACUACAUCACAAAAUGUAACAAAGAACAUUCUUUGUUCAACAUAGAGGAAAGCAUUUGUGUCAAAAGCCAAAAAUUUAUUGUAACUUCAAGUUCUCAUUUAUGGAACAUCUCAUUCACUUUUGGUAAUGAUAUCCUCCAUAGUACUGAAUUGAAUGACACCCAGUUCAAUGACUUUCCCGUCUGUGAUGGUGUGAUUUCAGGAGAUCAAAUUGAUCUGAAUUACGGAUCCUUUUCAGAUAUCUAUCUUCAUCUUCCUGCAAAUGCAAAAGAUAUUUUGGUGGUUGAUCUUGAAAAACAGGAAGAAAAUUCAAACAAAGUUUUAAAACCUGAAGAGAUCGGCAAAAGUUCUCCUUGUUAUAGAGACGUGACAUCAUCAGACAUGCAAACCUCUGUUUUCCAUGGAUCUGACUGUCUGUUUCCUGAAGGAAACUUAUCAUCCGUGAAAGGUCAUGUGGUUGCAGUUCAUGAUUGUCAAAGUUGCAUCGAUUCUGAUUUUAGAUGUCAAAGUAUUAAAGAAGGUAGCCAGUGCAGAUUCUCUAUGGGUGCAAAAAGCACUUGCAUUCAUCUUCUGAUGGAGGACCAAAUUGUGAAAAUUUUUGGUUAUCUGAAGAAUCAUGCUUUACCCGUUGGAUUCGGACCUGGCGUGAGUGCAACUUUCCACCGAGUUUUAGAGCUUGGGUUUUGCAGGGAUCUAGGGAGAUUGAUGUUGACUCCGCUAUCUUUCAUAGAUAUCAAUUCUUUUAGGGUACUUGAUCCUUCAUUUACUGAGAAGAAUCCUGACAUUGUCUCAUAUUCAGACACUGUUUCUUUGCAACUAUUUUCUGAACUGAUUAACUCCUCCCACUGCAAGUUAACAAAGUUCCGUUGUAGAGUUGUUGCUGUCAAUUUUCUAGUCCUGGAGAACAUCAAUCACGUCAAUUUGCAAGUUGAAAUGUCUCAAAGGCAACCUCUUGUAAAGAUUCCUCUUGCUGGAUUCAUGUUGGAUGAUGGUUCAUCCAGAUGCAACUGCUGGGCUAGUGGUGAAAGAGCAGCAGCUUUGUUGCGGCUGCACGAUCCACUUCCACAUUUAGCUUUUAAGAACAUUGACUGGACAUCAAAAUGGACUGGGAUGACCCAUAACUCCCGUGCCACUGCAAGCUAUCAUCUGGGCAAGGUUCUGAAGAACCGUGGUAGAAUUAUUGUGAGAAGUUGUGGGUCAGUCCUCAAUUCUUGUCAAGACCUUGAUAUUUCUCUUGCUUCAGAUGGUGCACUCAGCAGUGCGGAUGAGAAUCUUCUCAAGUUCAUAUUAGUGAAUUCAUGUCUUGGUGCCGUUUGGACUCUCAUUGGGAGUCAGUUGGAUUCAGAGGCUGUUCAAAGUCUGUUAAAGGAACACAUGAUGGAACCAGGGUUGAUGGAGUCUCAUAAUAUAUGGGUGACGGAUGUUUAUUGUACAAAUGCUCUUAAUGAGGCCAGGAAUGCUAUCCUAGAACUAGCGAACAGUUAAUGGUCUUAUUUGUCUGCAAUCAGAACGGCAGGUUUGCCAACACUUGAAUGCAUAACGCGGAGUCAGCUCCACAAAACCAAAUAAUUCCCUCAUGGUGUUUGGUAUCAAGGAGCUUGAGACCUGUCAGUCGCUGCCCAAUCCAUGAUUAACUUGAUGGCCUAUUAGUCAAUCCCUUCAUGGCGCUAAGGUUCUUGAUCAUAUUUGAAUUAUUAGGACAUUGCACUUCUGACAUCCAAGUAUUUCAAACUUAUCAUUUUCUUAAUGAAGUUUGCAUAUUACAGGGACUGGCGCUAUAAGUUGUUUUCAAUAUGGCCGGCCGUUAGCCAAGUUAGUGGCUCUCUGUGUAGAGUUCAAAUAACACACUUGAAUUCUCAAAUCCAACUCGCCAAUAAAACAUCGAAGACUACUGCGUGUUCUUGCUGUCAAAUCUAUAGAAGCCCUACAAUUUGGCCAAUGGCGAUGCCUGCAAUAUCUGAGAGAAACUUUGCCAUGGCCGUGCACGGAAUACUGAAUUAGUGUCCGGCUACUGAUAACUGGAGUUUCCCUGCAUUUCGAUCUAUCACUGUCCUGUUCAGAUUGUCUAUUAAAACAGUCAAAUGUGUUUAAAGAACUGUUGAGAAAACAUGAUUUUCAAAAACAAAAAAUGAAAAUAAAAUAUUAUCAAAUUGCU